UUCAGUGCAGAAUUGAAGGCGCAUCGAAGUAGAACGCACGGAAAGACUCACGACGGCAUCGGCGUAUCGUCACAUCGAGAGAUCGACGUCGGCAUUGUGAAAAUUAUUGUGUGAAAAAUUAUUAAAUGGAAAUGUAACGAGAAGUGUCAGUAAACAAAUUAGGUUGAUGAGCUAUCACUCAAAGUGCUACAGCAAAUCCAAAAACAAAUAAAUAUAUAAAGAAUAGUGAGCACAGUGCAGUCUGCUGAUAACUCAGGUAUUUUACUCAGAGCCACCGAUAAGCGAUACACACGAUUUGUUAUUGGUCUGAGAAGGUAUAAACACGACAGAAAUUGGAUUUAAACAGCUCCUCAGCUUACGUCUCACGGUUUACGGUUUACGGCUUACGGCUUCGGCGCCAUGGAGUUCACAAGGCAUUUUGGUUUAUUGGCGCUUAGCAUGUUGGCAAUACUGGCACUUUAUGGACGCACUGCGGAUGCCUGUAUGUGCAUGCCUUCGCAUCCACAGACGCAUUACUGCUCCGCUGAUUAUGUUGUGCAACUGAGAGUUCUCCGGAAAUCAAAUACUAUCGAGCCGGGAAAAACCAUCUACAAGGUGCACAUAAAGCGCACCUAUAAGGCAACUCCAGAGGCUCGCAGAAUGCUUCGCGAUGGCCGUUUAUCAACACCUAAUGAUGACGCAAUGUGCGGCAUUCAGCUGGACACUGGAAAGGUUUACAUAAUCGCUGGUCGCAUGCCACAACUAAAUGUAUGCGCCUACUACAAGGAAUACACCAAGAUGACAAUCAGUGAACGUCACGGUUUCAGUGGUGCCUAUGGCUUAGCCUGUACUUGCAACAUCUCUACCUGCUUUGGACGCCAAUGUCUGCGACACCGCGAGACCGCCGAAGGCUGCAAGUGGUCGCCUUUCGGGAAGUGCGAACGCGACUACUCUUCCUGCGUUCCCCACCAUAUUCACACCCGCAACGGAGAUAUUCAGCGAUGCCGCUGGAGACGCACACAGCUCUAUAAAAAGUGUCUGAGCUAUCCGUAGAUGAGUAAAGGGAAUUGCCUAAGUACCGCUGGCUCUUCCAGCUUUUGUUAUGCUACAGUUUUUAUAUUUAUAUUUUUAUUUUUUGUGUAGAGCUUUAAUUCGUACGUUAUAUUUAAUGUGUUAUUUAUUAAUGGAUGGCUUUUAGUUAUGGCAAUGAAUCAAUGUAGCUACUUAAUGUAUUAGUGCUAAGUCCUUAAUAUUUAAUACACUUACCAAAUCACGUGGAUUCGGAAAGAAUGUUUGCUCAAUCAACGGAAAGCCAUCUCGGCCCAGACGCCGCUGCAGCUGCAGCAGAUGCGAGAAGACCCAUGGUUUAUCCUAAAUAAGAAUGCAUUGCACAAUUUUACUAUUCAUUUGGCUCAGACAGGCUCAGGCAUGAGCGCAAACUUACCUGAAACUGGUAAAUAGAAUGCAACGAAUUGAUGCUGGGUACUCCGCCAUAUUUAAGGCCCAGUAUGGUCGAUCGAUAAUCACUGGAACCGUCACGCGGCGGUUGCCGGAUCAAUACAAAGUCCGGUCGGAACGAACGGGCUACCUAUUUUUUGGU